UUUUUUUUUUUAAAAAAAAGGUAGUCUAUUUUUUUUUUCAAAUGUUUUUCCCCCAUCCAUCCAGAAAAUGAAUUUCCCAGAAAACAAGAAAUACAUUUUGUUUGUUGAUUGAUUUAGUUGGUUAGGUGUGGUCACUGGUGCUGUCACAAUAAUCUCUGUGGUUAAAUGUUAAUCCCACAAGUCAAAGCCAAACAGGCAAGGAAUAAAGUAGCAAUAUGUUAAGGUUUCUGCAGGAAGAGUUUUCUAUGCAUCCUACGGGUAAAAGUGUGAGAGCUCCCGAUGGUAAGAUAAAAGGGAUAUAGAAUAUAUGAAAAGUCCACACUAAGUAAAUGCUUAGACAAAUGCUUCCUAAAUGUUAGGACUUUUGCUAAAAGCUGUGCUUAUAUGCCUGCUUUUGAACUUCUCACAUGAAAACGGGUUUUGAAAGAACGUUAGCGAAUAGUGAGCAUAGCCAAGGCAAUUCACAAAAUGUGUCUGUGGGCAAGCAGAUUUGUCUUCAGGCCAUGAUUAGCAAACAAAAUAAAACAAACAGAUUUAAAAGGUGGCAUGCUUGAAAAAUAUCAAGACACAAAGGAAUCAGAGGAAAAAUAUACAUCUGAAGUGUACUUAAUAAUAUUGAAAUGUUAUAUAAACUUUUGUGGUAUCUAACAAUGUUUGCGACAAGAAACUCUGCCAAUGUGUCAGUGGUGGACCUGACCUGCCGUCUGGAAAAACCUGCCAAAUAUGAUGGCAUCAAGAAGGUGGUGAACCAGGCAUCGGAGGGCCCCCUCAAGGACAUCCUGGGCUACACUGAGCACCAGGUUGUCUCCUCCGACUUCAACAGCAACACCCACUCUUCCACCUUCAAUGCGGGGGCUGGCAUUGCUCUCAACGACCACUUUGUCAAGCUCAUUUCCUGGUAUGACAAUGAAUUUGGCUACACCAACAGGGUGGUGGAUCAUGGUCCACAUGGACUCCAGAAAGUAAGACCCCUGGACCACCAGCCCCAGCAAGAGCACAAAAGGAAGAGAGAGGCCCUCAUUGCUGGGAAGCCCCUGCCACACUCAGUCCCCCACCACACUAAGAAUCUCCCCUCUUCACAGUUUCCAUGCAGACCCCCUGAAGACAGAGGGGCCUAGGGAGCCUGACCUCGUCAUGUCCAUCAACAAAGUCCCUUGUGCUCAGCCAAUAAUAAUAAUACAGGUAUAAAGUAUUAUUGAAAAAUGCUAAGAGAGUGGAUGUUGUUUGUAGCACAAAAUGCAACUCUACUAGGUAAUGCAUAUAUUAAUUGGAUAGACUUAGUCAUUUCACAAUCUAUAGAUACAUCAAAACCUUAUGUUGUACAUGAUAAAUGUGUAUAAUUUUAUCUGUCAAUUAAAAAAUCAUAAACAAAUUUACUAAUGGUAAUCUAAUAAAGUAAUGUUUAAGCAGGACAUUCAGCACUUAUAAUUUCUGUGUGUAAAUAUCUAAAAUAUUUAAUCUUGAAUGAUAGAGUUACCAUGUCAUACUGAAUGACACAGAAUAUCCUCUGUACUCCUAAUUUCCCUGAUAUCUUAGUAAUAGAUCCAAAUAGGUACAAGAGUGUCCCUGUUUCUUACACCUAAAUAAAACUUAUUAAACACAGAUAACAUUACAUACAUGAAAAAGGAAAAAAAUUACAAAUAUUGGGAAAUGUAAAGAAGAGCUAGAAAUAAGACAUUAAAAGGCCUUGUAUUUUAUUAAAAACUCUUGUGAAUGAGGGACGGUCUAAAAUUUUGAGUCUGAUCCUUCUAGUAGAUCAAGUUACCAAGUGUAUGGUCUGUGGUAUGAAACCAAUUUCUAGGAAGAAGUGCUAUUAUACUCUGAACUAACUGCAAACAGAAAAUGUAGCAUUCUCUCAAGAGAACAUUCUGUAAUUCAGUGUAUAUGUUUCUCACGUGAAAUUCAAUAAUAGAAAAUGUGGCAAGUUGCAAAGGGCUGUUUCUUAUGUUCAUCAAUAAAGACCUAUAAUCAGGCAUAAAAAAGUAUUCUAUAGCAAUUAAAUAUAAUGUGGUCCUUCAAUCUGUUGAUUUGACUUCACCUAGGAAUAGACUUUGAAUUAUCUGAAAAAAUAAAUGCACUAAAUAUCCUUUGAGUAACCCUGACUAUAUAUUCUUUCUCUCGGAAGAGAUUUUUAGUAAAUAUAUAUUUGAUAAAUACAAUUCUUGACGGAUAAUGAGGGUGAAGCUCUCUUACUGGAAUAAGAUUGAAAGCUUUUCGUGUCUGAAAAUAAAGGCCACUUACUUUCUAUACUCAAGUGAAUUUUAAAAUGUAUUCCCAAGACAACACUUUUGAAAACUAAUAUAUAGAUGAAAAAACUAACUGAUGUUUCAAAGGUAUACUCAGAGUAGCAUAGUUAACAACUACAGCUAUGACAAAAAAACAAAACAAACAAACAAAAAAACAAACAAACCCAUAAACACACAAAGGAAAGAAAAGAAAUACUAAAAGCAUCAAUGAAACCCAGGAAAGCUAUUUUUGGAAUAGCUUCCAGAAUAAACAUCUUGUGACAUUUAUGCUGGUGAGGUUUAUUAUUGUAUAGACUUCAAUUGAUUUCAAUCCAAAUCAAAUAUAGAUUUAAAAUAUUUGAUGAAAUAUAUGCCUGUGUUACAGAUAAUGUAUGCUUAUUUAUUUUCCAAUUUAAGCAUAGCUCUUAAUAAUUUUUAAAACAAUUUUAACAUGCCUUUGACCUGUAAUGAACAACUACAGAACCUGGAAGAUGAUUAAAGCUUCAGUAGUAACAUAAGUAAUAUUUGUGGUAAAAUAUUGAUUUAAAAAUAAUGUAAACUACAUUAAAGCUACUUAAAUAGGCCAUGGGAGUCAGGGAAGAGAGAAGGUCUAAAUACUUUUCUCUUCAAUAUUUUGUCUUAUGGAAAUAUUUUUAUAUUGAAAUAAUUGUAUAAUUGUAUUUAAAUUUAGAUUUUGUGAUAAAAGCUAAUUUAAAGGUAUGAACUAUAAAACCACCACAGGAAAGAGGAUAAUGUUUCAACAGUUACUUGUUAAUGUAGCAGUUUAUAAAAUAAAAAAUAAUACAGGGUAUAGGAUUUUUCACAUUUACAAAGU